AAUUUUUGCUCGAUCCUAAGAAAAGGGAACAAAAUUCAUCAAUGCAGACUGCAGUGUACGAAACAAAUCGAUGGACAUUUGUUACCAAAUUACCAAAUUCAAUUUCGUUCUCGUUAAAGGAGUUCGUAACAAAGAGACCCAACAAGUAUCGUUUCCUUCGGGGACGAUAAAUGGGCUCUUCAACUGUAGCCUCGGGGGAGCGAAGGGCCAAUACUUGAGAUUUGUGUCAUUGCCAUGACCUGUGUUUUCUGGGUUCAGUCACGAGCCAGUUGCUGCCUUCCUUUCCUUCAUUUCGCUGAUCGGGAACUGUGGCUGAAUCAAUUUGCCUCGUAGUCGUCGCCUUGUUAAUCUCAGCUUGGGGUAUACUCUCUCUCUCAAGUAAACAGCUCCAGAGCUGUUGCUUAGCCGAAAUGACAGAAACGUGUAUAGGGUGUAGUAAAUGGGCAGAGGACAUGUAUUGGACCCAUUUCCAAACUAUCCACUUCUCUCAGUUUCUCCACAAUGGUUAUGAACGGCAGCUUGCCAUCCCCAAAAAAUUCGUCGAUAAUCUGAAAAAGAAACUGCCUGAAAGUGUGGUUCUUAAAGGUCCUAGUGGUUUAACCUGGAAUGUAGGAUUAACCAGUAAUGAUGAUACCUUGUUCUUCAACCAUGGCUGGCAAGAAUUUGUCAAGGAUCAUUCAUUGGAAGAGAAUGAUUUUUUGAUUUUUAAGUACAAUGGUGGUUCCCAGUUUGACGUUUUGGUUUUUGAUGGGGAGAACUUGUGUGAGAAGGGGGCUACAUACUUUGUUAGAAAGUCUGAGCAUACUAAGCAUGACAACGGAUGCCUGUCUAAGAGAAAACUUGGGGAAGCUUCUAUUGAUGAAGUUCAUGCCAGAUGCAGUUCACCAGAGAAAGUUAUAGAUGAUGACGCUGUCCUUAUCCCAUCACUGCAACAUAUAAUCUCUGUGGCUACUAAUAUAGGGACUCAACAGAAUACUUCUCCCACAAGAUCUAUUCGUGCUCGGCGGAGUCUUGGGAGUAAAAAACCUGCUACUUAUCAAGAGGGAGCUGUGAGUGAUUCAGAUGCUGAACUUACACCUAUCAAUAAGAAUGGGUCAUAUCGUCAGCAAUAUCAGUCAAAUAGAAGGCCAAUAACUCAAGAUGAGAUAAAGAAUGCCUUGCACUUGGCCCAAGAAGCAUCAAGUGAUGAGACUUUCCUAGUAGUUAUGCGACCCACACAUGUAUACAAGAGAUUCUUUGUGUCGAUCCCUUCUGAUUGGAUGGCGAAGAAUCUCUCAAAGGAAAACCAAGAAAUCAUUCUGCGCGUCGAAAAUAAUACAUGGCAAGCCAGGUAUUACUUUCAUCAAGGUCGUGGCUAUGGAGGGAUUACUGGUGGGUGGAAACAUUUUGCUGUGGACAACAACUUGGAAGAAUUUGAUGUCUGCCUGUUCAAGCCUGCUGGCCACAUGAAUUACUCCAUUAUUCUGGAUGUUAGCAUUUUCCGGGUUGUCCAUGAGUUAACUCCUCUUACUCAACUGUCUUCUGCAACACCAAAGAAGAGGGGCAGAAAAAAAUUAAUCUAGGGCACCUAAGCACAAGGUUGUGAUUACUUUAAGAUAUUCUGUCCAACUGCAGUUUAGACUUUAUAUGUGUCUCUGCGGAUUUCACUCUAUGUUAAGUUGUCCUUUUAGCACUAAACUUGUUUCCAGACUACUACUUAAAUGUUAGUAUGGUUGUCAAUGUUGAUCCGGUUGCUUCAAGGGGGACUUUGGUGAUUGUUUAUAUACAUAUCCAGUGGAAUCGUAUCUGCCUACUA